UUCUGGAAUUAUAACGUUUGAUCUUUUGCAACCUAUUCAAUGAUGUUCCUCGGAGUCACAUGAUCAGACAGAGGGUUCCGAUUCCGCCAACCUUUUGCAACCGACAAUUUGAUAACGAACUUGCAUUCUGGAAUUUACAAUAAUCAGAAGCCACAAAACUCAAUCGAUAUGGCUGCAAACCACCCGAUCCACAUCCAUCCGGCACGGCCGCUCUAUCGCUUUACAGCAACUGCUCUGGGUGCCAGCAUGUGGUUCUUUCUAAUGUAUCGAGCCAAGAAGGAUGGUUCUGCUUUGUUGGGCUUGAAGCAUCCCUGGGACCACUGAAAUGCAAUUCACAUUGCGUUCCUCUCGCUCCAUGAUUCCUUAAUCAGCAAGAAUUGAAGGCAUAUUAUUCUAGCUCUAUAUCCAACUGGUUAUUUUAUCUACUUCGAGACUGCGGAUGACCACG